GAGCAGCCAAUGUGCAGCUCGUCUCUAAGCAGAGCCAGUAGCAGUGGAUGGCUGCCUGCAGUAGAAACGGAAAGCUGCUGCACUGAAGAGGAGGAGGUGUCUUAGCACAGCCUGCCACCCUACCUGAGCAGGGAAAUGGACACAUGUUGAGCGAUCUUCAGCAGGAGGAAGGAGGGCAAGAAAAAGGCAGUUGCAGCAGUGUGCAUUUUGUGGAUCCCUGGCUGGAGGCAAGCCGCUCUCCUUCUCAGCAGCUGCAAGGUUAUGCCACGCCUCAGACUUAUUGGAUGCCUGUUAAUGAAAGAGAAGGGUUGAUACUUGCCCAAACAUUGCAUGACGGCCCAUAGAUUGUAAACCAAGAUGGCAGCUGGGGAUACCACUUCUUUGGGAGGCAUCUUCACUAAUGUACAGCAGGAUGGUGGGGAUGAUGAGGCAGCCUUUCCUGGCACGGAGGAUGAGGAGGAGUUGGACAAGACCUUGGGUGUUGAACGGUUUGGAGACCUGAUCAGCAAGUCUGCAUUACGAGACCAGGAAAAGCAAGGCCGCAACUACUCUGAGACCGACUUUGAAUUCCAUCGCCAAACAUCCCACCACAUCCAUCACCCCCUGUCAACCCACCUGCCUCCACCCCCGAAGACCCAGAAGAGACGUCUUCAUUCGAAUAGGAAAAAGAAAAAGAAGAAAAAGGCAAGGAAAAUGUCUAUGCCUCCCUCCAACGUCACUCCAACCAUCCAGGAGGAAGAAGAAGAGGAGGAGGAGGAGGAAGAAGAAGAAGAAGCAGAAUCUGAAGGGGAAGAGGUUCUGGGGAAGGAAAUCUCAGCCGAGUCUGAUCUUGAAUCCUCUCCCAAAGAGAGGUCUUUGGGCACUUUAACAGCAGGACUGACUGAAAAAAGUGUUGAGUUUACCAUUGGACCGGAGGAGCCUGAAGAAGAAGAGGAGGAAGCUCAUGGCACCCAACGCACUUUGUCAUUUCAUGGGGCUGAGAAACACAGUCAUCUCUCCCCAAUCCCAUGUUUCUCUAGCCUGCUGCCAGAAAAAGGCCCUACUUUUUCUAAUAGCUUUCCUGAAUACAGAGAUAAUGUAUGUCGGGGAUGGGAUAAGCGCAGACCAUGGAGUCAGGUGCCAAGUGGGCAGCGGUCAAACUAUGAUCUGAAGGAGAGAGUGUGCAUUGGCAGCAUGACUGCAAUAGAGAAUGCCACAUAUCAGCGAAUCCCCACUGAUGAAGCUGAAGCUCAGAUGUUGGCUUCUGCUGACCUUGAUGACAUGAAAAGCCAUCGUUUUGAAGAUAAUCCAGGAGUUAGGAGACAUCUGGUUAAGAAGCCAUCCCGGAGCCAAAUCAACAGGUCCAGCAAAACAUCUUUGUCCUCGCAAUCUUUCAAGAAAAAGAAGAAAAAAAAGAAACUUGACCGAAAACCCCAUGAGGUUUUUGUGGAGCUGAAUGAAUUAGUAGUGGACAAAAACCAGGACAUGCACUGGAAGGAGACGGCACGUUGGAUCAAAUUUGAGGAGGAUGUGGAAGAGGAUACGGCACGCUGGGGGAAACCUCACGUUGCCUCACUCUCUUUUCGCAGCCUUUUAGAGCUCAGGAAGACUAUUGCCCAUGGAGCUGUUUUGUUGGACCUGGAGCAAACAACAUUGCCAGGCAUUGCUCAUCUGGUGGUUGAAACUAUGAUAAUCUCAGAUCAAAUCAAGGCUGAAGACAGAGCCAAUGUCCUGAGGGCCCUACUGCUCAAGCAUAGCCACCCCAAUGAUGAGAAGGAGGCGUUCUUCCCCCGGAACCAUUCCAAUUCCAGCCUGAAUUCUGUAGUGGGAAAUCAUCAUCUCAAUCACAACCACACAACUGACACUUGCAUGCCAUUGAUGGGGGAAGAGAGGAUUGAGAUGACAGAACCACGAAUCCAUGACCCUGAGUACAGAGAGAAAAACAUGCACCUUCACAACACCGAGGGACAUCGUGGCAAAUACAUCAAAUUGAUGGAGAAGAUUCCUGAUGAUGCUGAGGCCACCGUAGUGCUUGUUGGUUGUGUUGAAUUUCUUGAACAACCAUCAAUGGCUUUUGUCCGUUUAAAUGAAGCUGUGUUCCUGGAAUCAGUUCUGGAAGUUCCGAUUCCUGUUCGCUUCAUCUUUGUUUUGCUAGGGCCAAGUCAGUCUAAUGUGGAUUACCAUGAGAUUGGACGUUCAAUCUCUACUCUCAUGUCAGACAAGCAUUUCCAUGAAGCCGCUUACCUGGCAGAUGACCGCCAAGAUCUGCUUAAUGCCAUCAAUGAGUUCCUAGACUGCAGCAUUGUCAUUCCUCCAUCAGAAGUAGAAGGGAAAGAUUUGCUCAGAUCAAUUGCCACCUUCCAGAAAGUGCUGCUGAAGAAGAGAAGAGAGCGGGACCAGAAGAAGUCCCUCAAAGAAACAAACUUUCAGGAAUCUAAAGAGCUAUGUGAGGUGAAAGCUGAAGAAGAAGAAGAGGGCGAGGAGGAGGAGGAUGACCCUCUGAAGCGCACCGGCAUUUUCUUUGGUGGUUUGGUGCGGGACAUAAAGCGCAGGUACCCCAAGUAUCUGAGUGACCUCAGAGAUGCCCUGCACAGCCAGUGCCUCGCAGCCGUGCUAUUCAUCUACUUCGCUGCUCUCUCUCCUGCCAUCACCUUUGGGGGACUGCUAGGUGAGAAAACAGAUGGUCUUAUGGGUGUUUCAGAACUGAUUAUCUCCACAUCAGUAUUGGGCAUGAUCUUUUCACUUCUGAGUGCACAGCCACUCCUUAUCAUUGGUUUCUCAGGGCCCCUGCUGGUCUUUGAAGAAGCUUUUUACAAGUUUUGUCAGAGCCAGAACAUCGAGUAUUUGACAGGUCGGGUGUGGAUUGGCUUCUGGCUCAUUGUCUUCAUUGUCAUUAUCGUAGCUGCUGAAGGCAGCUUCUUAGUGCGCUACAUUACACCCUUCACCCAGGAGAUUUUUGCCUUCCUCAUCUCCCUCAUCUUCAUUUAUGAAACAUUCUACAAGCUGUACAAGAUAUUUGCAGAACAUCCUUUGCUGCGAUUCUAUCCACCAAAUCUUCAAAGAAAUUUGAAUUCUAGCAUAUUACCUGCCGAUUCUACAGUCCUUGAUAUCCGAAUGCAACCCAACACAGCCCUUCUAUCCCUCAUCCUCAUGUUGGGGACCUUUUUCAUUGCCUUUUUUAUGCGCAAAUUUAAGAACAGCCGUUUUUUAGGAGGAAAGGCCCGGCGAAUCAUUGGAGAUUUUGGAAUCCCUAUUUCCAUACUUGUCAUGGUUCUGGUAGACUAUACUAUUACUGAUACGUAUACACAGAAGUUGAAUGUGCCCUCAGUGCUGUCGGUUACUGCCCCAGAUAAACGGGGCUGGUUCAUCCAUCCCUUAGGAACUCAGCAGACCUUUCCCCUCUGGAUGAUGUUUGCUUCUGCCAUUCCUGCACUACUGGUCUUCAUCCUUAUCUUUAUGGAAACCCAGAUCACCACUCUGAUUGUCAGCCAGAAGGAACGGAAGCUGUUGAAGGGAUCAGGCUUCCAUCUUGAUUUGCUGCUUAUUGGGACAAUGGGAGGACUUUGUGCCCUUUUGGGAUUGCCUUGGCUCACAGCUGCUACUGUCCGUUCCAUUACUCAUGUCAAUGCCCUUACUGUAAUGAGCAAGGCCAUAGCUCCUGGUGAGAAGCCAAAGAUCAAGGAAGUGAAAGAACAACGUGUGACAGGAGUGCUCAUCGCUGGCCUUGUUGGUCUCUCCAUUGCCAUGGGAAGUAUACUUCGUCAGAUUCCAUUGGCUGUGCUGUUCGGGGUUUUUCUGUAUAUGGGUGUGACAUCUUUGACUGGCAUUCAGUUAUAUGAACGGCUCCUCCUUAUCUUCAUGCCAUCCAAGCAUCACCCUGAUCACGUUUAUGUUAUCAAGGUGAAGACUUGGCGAAUGAAUCUCUUCACGUGCAUCCAACUAGCCUGCAUUGUAUUGCUUUGGGUGGUAAAGUCCACUGUGGCAUCAUUGGCUUUCCCAUUUGUCCUGAUCAUGACAGUUCCUCUACGGCGAUACCUGUUGCCACGUUUCUUCCAUGAAAGAGAACUGAAAGCGCUAGACUUAGAGGAUGCAGAGCCAAACUUCGAUGAAGAUGGGCGAGAUGAAUACAAUGAACUUCACAUGCCAGUAUGA